AUGGGCAUCGGAGGAGGAGGAGGAGGAGGAUGUUUUAAUAUCAUUUUAUUUUUUUUAUUAUCAUUAAUAUUUAUUGGUUUAUCGGAAGAGUGCGAUAAUAAUGAUUUUACAUGUUUAAAUGGUAAAUGUUUGUCCAAGGAUAAAGUUUGCGAUGGAUUUUUCGAUUGCGAUAAUGCCGAAGAUGAAGAAAAUUGUGAAAAAAAUAUAAAAUGCGUCUCCCCAACAUGGUUUAAAUGUAAAGAUGGACAAUGUUUAAGUUCACUUUUAUAUUGUAAUGGAGAAUACGAUUGCGAAGAUCACAGCGACGAACCUGAAAAUUGUACUGCUGAUGCAACAAACGUAACUUGUUCUCCGGAUGAAUUUACAUGUUUAAACAAAGAUUGUAUUCAAAAUACAUGGGUAUGUGACGGACAACCUGAUUGUUUGGACGGAAGUGAUGAAACAGUCGGUUGUGGUACCAAGUUGGACUGUCAUGGUGGAUUUAAAUGUAAAAAUCAUCACUGCAUAAUACAAGAAUUUCACUGCGAUGGUGAAAACGAUUGUGGUGACAAUUCGGACGAAGAAAAUUGCACAAUGAAAUUUCAUUCAACGGAUCAUUGCAAUAAAGAAUUGGGACUUUUUCUUUGCACCGACGGAAUCGUUUGUUUGGAUGGGGACCACGUUUGCGAUGGAUUUCCUCAUUGCUUUGACAAUUCGGAUGAAAUUGAUUGUGCCAAAGAUCAAAAGUUAAAUUCGUCAUAUUGUAAAUCCGUUUUGGGUUGUUCGCACGAUUGUCACUUGGCACCCAACAAAAAUAUAUUUUGCACUUGUCCAAAGGGUUACAAAUUAGAUGGUUCGCUUAAGAAAUGCAUCGACAUCAAUGAAUGCGAAGAAUUUGGUUAUUGUUAUCAAAAAUGUAGGAAUUUUAUUGGUGGUCAUCAAUGUUAUUGCGACGAUGGUUAUUCUUUGAUGUCCGAUAAUAGAACGUGUAAAGCUAAAGGAGAAGCCCUUUUGCUUUUUUCAUCCCUUAACACGAUCCGUGGGGUUUACUUGAAAUCCAAAUUGUAUUUUUCGGUUCCGACCGAGCAAAGUCGAGUCAUAGGAAUAUCGCAUAACGGUCAUCAAGUUUACUGGACAGAAAUAAAUAAAGCAGAGGCUGCCAUAGUAAAAAGCAACGAAGAUGGAAGUAAUAGAGUCGUCAUUGCUGAUUCAGGUUUCGGAUUGCCCGAAGAUCUGGCUGUCGAUUACGUGACUGGAAAUAUAUAUUUCACUGACGGUGAAAAAAAACACAUCGGAGUCUGCACCGAAAAUGCCACCUGUACCGUUUUGCAUAACAAGGAUAUAGAUAAACCGAGAGCAAUUGCUCUCUAUCCUCAAAAAGGGAUGAUGUUUUGGACGGACUGGGGAAAACUUUCCAAAAUAGCUUGUUCCGGUAUGGACGGAAGUAAUCCGAAAACAUUAGUCGAUAAAAAUAUUGAAUGGCCGAAUGGUAUAGCUUUGGACAUAAGUAACGACCGGUUGUAUUGGGUCGAUGCAAAAGCGACAAAUAUAGAAAGUAUUAGAUUGGAUGGUUCUGACAGGCAGGUGAAUGCCGUUCAACAUCCUUUUUCGAUAGCCGUUUUCGAAGACAUGCUUUACUGGUCAGAUUGGGAAAACAUGCAAAUUGAAAAAUGUAAUAAAUUCACGGGGAAAAAUCAUAGUUCUUUGAUAAAAGAAAAACAUAGCAAAGGAGAAAAAACAAAACAUUCCAUAUACGGAGUACACAUUUAUCACUCCGUUCUUCAUCCGAGAAUCAAUAAUCCAUGCUUGGGUCAUGGUUGCAGUCACAUGUGUCUUUUGGCACCGAACAACACGUACAAGUGUGCUUGCCCGCAGGAUUUUAAUCUCGGUCCCGAUUUACAUUCUUGUCGAAGAGUAACGAAACCUCUUCAAGUUGUCGUCGCUGGAAAAACUCACAUUAAUUUCAUAACUCCGAGACUUUUGGGAAAACAAAGUAAAAUUAAAUUGAAUUUAGCAGAUCACGUGGAUACUAUUGAAUGCAUGGCUUUUGAUUCUUUAUCUGGAAAUCUUAUCAUUAGCGAUACUGGAAAGAAAAAAAUUUUCUUAUAUAACAUGAGAACUAAAUACGUCAGCGUUCUCUUGGGUUCUGGAAUAGGUAAAGUCACGUCAAUGAGUUUCGAUUCAUUGGGUAAUAAUUUGUAUUUUUGCGAUGAGGAAAAACUAAGAGUCGAAGUACUCAGCAUGUCGACAAAAUACAGUUUGCCCGUGUUUAGAGCCGUGGAAGGAGAAAUACCGCAAAGCGUCGUGGCCGUACCCGAUCACGAAGUCAUUUUCAUUGCCGUCACUAAAAAAGAAGGAAGCGUUUUCAUAAAGCGAACAAACAUGGACGGUACGCAAGUCAUACCGCACAUGACUGGAACGAAAAUUGUCGGACCCAAAGUUGUUUUGUCAUACGAUAGAAAAAUCGAAAAAGUUUUCUGGUUUGAUUCUGGAAGAGAAGUUAUAGAAUUUAUGAACAUUGACGGAUCCAAUCAUAAAAUUAUUCAAGUAACAGAAGGAAAUCCUGGAGCUAUGAUUUCUCAAGGCGGUCUCUUAAUGUGGGUCAAUCAAAAAUCAACCUUUUUCUAUUUUCAAGACAUGGAAGGAUGGCAAAAUCAUUAUUCGCACGAGAAAAGCAUAUUGAAAUUAGACAUGGAAAAUGAUUAUCCCGGUAGUUUGGCAUCAAUCACAGAAAUGGAAUCGCAUAAUUUACAUCCUUGCCAAUCUUACAUUCAUCACGAAUGUAGUCAUUUGUGUUUGGUAACAAUAAAUAAUAACGGACGAUGUGCGUGUCCGUUAAACAUGCGUUUAAGUUCAGACAAUCGAACUUGCGUAUCUCACGCUUUUUGCAACGAUAAUCAAUUCAAAUGUCGAAAUGAUGAUAUUUGCAUAUCUAGAAUUCAAAGGUGUGACGGACAUAAAGAUUGUCCGAGCGGUGACGAUGAAAAAGACUGCGAAAUAAACAAUUGUAAGGAAAAUCAAUUUAAAUGUACAAACGGUCAGUGUAUAGCCAUGAUAGAAAAAUGUGACGGGGAAAACGAUUGUUCCGAUGGCAGCGAUGAAGAAAACUGUAAAACCGAUUGUAAAAGUGAAGAUUUUCACUGUAACUCCGGCGAGUGCAUAUCUAAAUCAUGGCAAUGCGAUUACGUCAAAGACUGUUUGGACGGUUCGGACGAACUCAAUUGCGGCACGAAAACUUGCGGUUCGAACAUGUUUCAAUGUAAAACAGGAACGUGCAUAACAAAGUCAUGGGAAUGCGACGGAGACAUUGAUUGCGUCGAUGGAAGCGACGAACAUGAUAAAUGUCAAAUGACAACUUGCGAUACUCUUGACUUCCAAUGUGGGAACGGUCGUUGCAUAUCACCCAAAUUGAUUUGCAAUGGGGAAAAUGACUGUGGGGAUAGAACAGACGAAAUGGAAUGUAAAGUGUAUGACUACGAGGCCGACUGCGGUGCCGAUGAAUUUCUUUGCAGUAAAGCCAAUCCAAAGUGUGUGCCACAAAAAUCAAGAUGCAACGGAACCGCCGAAUGUCCGAGAGGAGAAGAUGAAACUGAUUGUUCCAAUUGUUUGCCAACGGAAUUCCAAUGCAAAAAUUUCAAAUGCAUAUUUAACAAAUGGCUUUGUGAUAAGGAUAACGAUUGCGGUGAUAAUUCCGAUGAGGAUCCCGAAUUAUGUUCUCGUCGUGCUGGUUCGGUCGGAUUCCUUCAACUUUGUCAAGAUUUCACGUGCAAAUCCGGUGAAUGUUUGCCCAUGCAUUUAGUUUGCGACGGUCAUAAAAAUUGCGAAGAUGGUUCAGACGAAGGAGGCAAUUGCGGCCUGUCGUGUAAAAGUAAUCCGUGCGAACAAAUUUGUACACCGACUCCGGUUUCAGCAAGGUGCGCUUGCAAACAAGGAUACUUUUUGAGCGCAAACGGACAUUCUUGCAUCGACAUAGAUGAAUGCGCCGAAGAAAAAUGUUCUCAAAUUUGUCAUAAUACUCCAGGAGGGUUUAAUUGCAGCUGUGCAGAAGAUUUUAUUUUAAAAUCCGAUAGAGUGACGUGUAAAGCCAAAGGAGGACGAAUGUCGUUCAUUUUAAGCGGAGACGAUGAGAUUCGAAAAGUUUCAAACAAUUUCAAUCAAAUGGAUCUUUUAGUUUUCGAACCUGGAGCUCAAAUUGUCGGUUUGGAUGUGGACACCAGAAAAAAUAGAAUUAUUUGGGCGUCUGGUUCAUCCGGUAAGAUUAGCGCUUUGGACGUAACGACAAGUCAAGAAACUUCUUUACAAAGCAUGGACAGACCCAGCAAAGUCACUUACGAUUGGCUCACGGGAAACAUUUUUUACAUCGACAAUUCGAAACCGAACAAAAUAAAAGUUUGCAACCUGGAAAAGAAAAAACAAUCGACGGUAUUGACGGCAUCUCCAGACACCCUCAUCACGAAUCUCGUCAUCGAACCUGUUUCCGGUCUUUUAUUUUAUUCUCACGUUCGUUCGUCCGUUCUUCAACGUCCCGUUUCAGAAAUUCUCAGUUAUUCUUUCGAAGAACAAAAUUCCACGCUUCUCGUUUCGACGGAUUUGACUUGGGUCAGCGGAUUGGUCGUCGAUCGCAUACGAGGGUAUUUGUAUUGGUCCGAUUUAUAUUAUCAAGUCAUUGAAAAAACUCGAUUCGACGGAAGUCAAAGACAAAUCGUGUUUCAAUCUCAGGUACACCGACCCGAAAGUUUGACAUUUUUUGAAGAUUCACUCGUUUGGUUGACUCGAGGUUCAGGAGAAAUAAAAAAAUGCACUUUGUACGGCGAGCACAAAGGUCAUUGCGACAAUAUAUCAUUGUACAUUUACGAUACCAAAAUGAUAACAAUAAUGCAAGAAGCUCGACAACCUCAAAUGAGAAAUCCUUGUUCGAACAUUUGCGAUUCAUCAUCCAUUUGCGUUUUUACAUUGGCUGGACCAAAAUGCGUUUGUCAAGACGGAUCCGUCGUACCACCAGAUGAAAUCUGCGUAGUAUCAAAUACGUUGGUUCGCGUAUCUUCAAGGUAUAUCGGAGAUGAUACAAAAGAGUACCUGGCAUAUGAGAAACCACCGCUGUCGGGAAACAGUUCGGCAGUCAUCGGCGUACUCAUGAGCAUGUUGAUCAUUUGCGGCAUAUUGGCAUCGUAUUUAUAUUUAAGAAAAAGAAACAGUAACAUUUUCUUGGAAACGAAACAUUUUCACAAUCCAUCGUUCGGUUUGUCUCAAAUGGAAAAUAAUUAUCCGAAUAAUUUGGUACCGGGUUCUCAUCAGUAUGAAAAUCCAAGGACUAAUAUCGUCAAGCACACGGAUGGACAAUUUGGAGUUUCUUUCAAAGGAAAAGAAAAUAAAAAAGAUAAAAAAAAAUUUGAAAAACCUGAUUACGAUUCCGAUUCGGACGGUUACGACAGAACGGACAUGAAAGCCAAUCUUAUACGGUAA